ACAUUUUCAUUUCCUCUAAUAUAAAAUUAGGAUUAACCACCUUUUAAACCUUUUUCCAUCAAGCUACGAUCCUGUUUGGUCUGGGGCUCUACUGCAAAAUGUCAGUCACUGAAAUGCUGGUCAUCGUUGGGGGAUUUACUGUUGUCUUCCACCUGCUGAAACUGACCUGGAGAUGUUGGUGUGGAUUCAGAGAGUUUGUUUUGUCAGAGCUUUGGCAAGUUGAUUUAAGGACAUGUGGGCAAUGGGCAGUUGUCACUGGUGCCACAUCUGGCAUUGGUAAAGCUUAUGCCAGUGAGCUGGCAAGAAGAGGCCUGGAUGUUGUUUUGGUGAGCAGAUCCGGUGAUAAGCUUCAAAUGGUUGCCAAAGAGAUAGAGGAUCAACACGGACGAAGAACUCGCACCAUACAAGUGGACUUCACAGACGGCCACAGAAUCUACUCUGCUAUUGCUAAAAAACUACAGGGACUGGAGAUUGGAAUUCUGGUAAACAAUGUAGGAAUGACCUAUUCUGAUCAUUUCGCCUAUUUCCUGGAAGUACCAGAUGCUGAACAGAAAAUCACUCAGAUUGUCAACUGUAACAUGCUGUCUGUCCCUCAAAUGACCAGACUGAUUCUUCCAGGCAUGGUUAAAAGAGGGACAGGGCUGAUCAUUAACAUCUCCUCUGAAGUGGGUGUCCAUCCACAGCCUUUGUUGUCCCUUUAUUCCGCCACUAAGAUCUUUGUAACAUAUUUUUCUCAGUGUCUCCAUGCUGAGUACAAGUCAAAGGGAAUUAUUGUUCAGUGUGUGGCUCCCUUCAUGGUGUCCACCAACAUGACAAAAAACAUUGCAGUCAACUGCUUUGUGAAGAGUGCUUCGGGGUUCGCCUGCGAGGCCUUGAACACCGUGGGUCACUCCAGCUACACCAGCGGCUGUCUGUCCCACGCACUCCAGAACAUGGCUCUCACAAUACUCCUUCCAGACUGGCUUCGUAUGUCAUCAGUUCUCAUCAGAAAGCUACGAAACCUUGCAAAAGUCAGCCAAUAUGAAAGAGUGUGCAUGGAAAAGGAGAAGUUCAGUGAAAAGGAGGAGUAGUUAAGUGGCUGCAUCUGUACAGAGGAUGAAGUUCACUAAAUGGAUAAAGAUUACUGACACAAUUGUACCUUUUACAUCUAUAUAUAGGCAUUAUAACCGAUUACCUUCACGAGUAAUAGUAACACAAUACAUAUAAAUACUUUUAUAUUUUGUAUAUAUAUAUAUUUUUUUUCAGUUACUAUUAAUUAUUAUGUAUUUAUUUAUCUAUGGCGCAAAAAUGUUCAACAGCCUUUUAAGUACUGUUGGGUUGCAAUAUUUGCAGACCAUCUAUCUCUAUUGUUUCUAUUAAUAUUUAUAUUAUUACACUUAUCACACUGACAGAUAUACAGACACAGUCUGUGUUGCAUUUCAUCUUUUAAAUACAUAUUUUAUGUUAGGAUUUUGCAAUAUACAAAGAUGACAAUACACAAUACAUUUGGCAUAUAUUUACCUUUAUGACAAAUAGCAGUUUAAUAUGUACAUCUACAGACCAUUAGUAUACAAGUGUCAGUCCUUUAAGGCUUUCUCAUUGACCAUUAACCACAACAGGCUUUCUCAGCAACUUCCUAUUUGUGUUUUGUUCAAAGGUCCAUGUGAGUGUUGCGACACUGUGAAACUAAACAUGGCAGCAAUGCAGUAACAUUUUAUUCUGUAUUUUGUAAGCAUGGUAAAUUAAUUGUUGUGUAAAGAUGUGACAACUUGC